ACCAGUUAAGAAGACCGGAAUGCUAAUGAAGAAACCUCCGACAGCGCACACGCGGCUGAUGGACGAUUUUUGCAGGUACUUGUUACUCCUGAAACAGACAGAGAAAGAGAGAAAGAUUACAGGGAGAGAUCAAAGAAGGAAAGAAAGAGAAAGAAAAAGACAGAGACGGGCGGAUCGCAGAGCAGAGGUGAGCUUUCACGGGACGGUGAUAAUUGUAGCCGGGUCAUAAAGGCGACACCAUUCUCCACCGCGAGCUGGACGGACGGACUCGCGCAGGCGGAUCUCUUCGCAGCCCCGAAGCGCGAUCGCAAAAGUGCAGCGCGGCGCGAUCGGCACGAGUUGUAACGGUUGUUGUAACACUACAACCUCGCGGCGAUUUUCGACGACGGUUUUUCGUCGGAUACGAGCCCAUAUUCCGCCGCGCGUACGAGCGCGCUCCUCCCGCUCGUCGUCGAGAGGCGAGCCGGACGCGUCAAGUGGAUUUAUGGUCCCGACGGAAACGCGGGCCAAGUAGGCGUUUUUUGUGGCGCAACUAAUCUCUCAUACACGUUAGCAGUUAGGCAGCGGCCGCAGUUAUAGGAGUGCUCGCUGCGCCUCGUAAUCGUCUUAGGCUCUCCAUAAAUAAAACGUCGCCGAGGUACAAUGCGCCCUCGGGCGCGCACAGUGAUAGAGACGGUUGCUCGUAAAGGGCCGCCCCGCCCCGCCCUCUCCCCCUGGAUCGGAUCGGAUCCAGCGGAUCGUGGUCCGUUUGAUGAGAACGAACGACGGAGCACCAUCGCUCGCACGACUCUGGAGCGGCAUGAUCCGAUGGAAUUUUCGGUCGAGACCUCCGACGCAAGUCGAACGUUGGAAUUUCAAGAGUACUUCAGAGUACUUCGCAGAGGACUUCCAGAGACCAACUUCGCGUUCUCCGGCGACGUUUCUGCCAAGCGAAGGAGACUUAAACGCUCUUGGACGUUCACUUUCCUGAUGAGCAGCACGGGAGCAAUUUCCAACGAACAAUUGCUAGCACCGUUCGUCAGACUCAUCCUGUUGUGCAUUUCUCGACAUAUCGACCGCUACGAUAAUUAUUCCCAGAUUUACAGUUUUAACUGGAUUCAAUGAGAAAAGAUCCCACGGGUAAUGGUGGAAGUGAAAAAUUCCCAGUUGAUUUCCACACGUCACGGAUUAUUGACGCGGCUUCUUCAGCAUCCCCGUUUGCCGCAAGCCGGAAGGCUUGGGUGAUCAGCAGGAGUUCUAGGAAAUGGGACGCAUGCAUUACGCGCGCGCGUAAAUAGCCGGAAACAUUGACCCGACAUUCACUGGCGGACCGAAAUAUCCGCCCAGAGCCGGUUGAUAUUUAUAAGCGGACGAGGUUUAUUAAUUAAGCGGGACCGCCGAGGAGUCAGCGACCGGCGCGGCUUUUAAUGAGCAUACGGAAAAUUGUCCGCGUAUAUAGCCGCGCCGCGUUCAUUGCCAGGGCUAAACGAGUUGGAGAACAACAACACAUGAGCGAGCAUCUCGCUCCGCGAGGAACGAAUCCUUCCCGGCCGCCACUGGACCUGAUGGACGAAUUAGUAGUGUACAAUAAUGAAAUUAUUGCAUCAAUAUUUGUGUAGUACGAUCUAUCUACACCGAAACUUAUGGAAAACUUAUGGAUUGUAUAAAAAAAACACCUCUCAGAUCGAAGCUCUCGCGUCGCUCUCCGAGGAAUGUACGAGCGUCGAAGGAGCUACGCGCGCCAGUCUAGUUUCUCGCAGCACCGAGUCGUUCCCCGUGGGACGAUCGUCGUUUCAACAUGUACAUAUAUACCUAUAUACCUGUCCCUGUGCACAGAAAUACAUACACGUACGC